GGGUAUAUAAGGGCCAAGGUGGCAGCAGGAGAGUGGGAAAACGGGUACCUUAAACACUCAAAAAAACAAAACAAAACAAAUACUGAGUAAAAGGAAAGAUCUGUGUAUUAUUUUUCUGAGAGACUCCCAGAGGAGCCACCCAACGAAUCAACUCUCUGCACCUCCCUCCUCUCUCCCCUUGUUCUCCUCCUCUGCCUUACCCGACACUCACGCCCAUCCAUGAGUGGAACCAACUCCUCUGCCUAUCGAUCGGAGCGUAGUUUCCACCAGACCUCAUCCUCAUCCUCGUCCUCUGGUAACCCAUACAUGGAGAAAAGCCGGGGACUGUUUGCCGAGGACUUUGGCUCCUUCAUGAGGCCUGGGAGUGACGCCUUGGGAUUUUCCAGUGGAGCUGGGAAUAUCAAAUCUCUUGGAGAUUCGUACCAGUUCACAGUUGACGUGCGAGACUUCUCUCCUGAAGAUGUCAUCGUCACCACAUCCAACAACCAGAUAGAAGUUCGUGCCGAGAAGUUGGCCCAGGACGGUUCAGUCAUGAACACAUUCACCCACAAGUGUCAGCUCCCUGAGGACGUGGACCCCACCUCAGUGACAUCAUCACUGGGCGCAGAGGGAACCCUCACAGUUCGGGCACGGCGGCAUCCGGCCAAACACGAGCUUGUACAGACCUUCCGCACUGAGAUCAAGAUCUAAACAGUGAUGAAUUUAUAAAAACAGAUCUCUGGC